AUGUUACAGCGUGGGGAAACGAGCCUGGGAGUGGGCCGUGAGUUUGUGAAUGUCCAAAGACUGAUGGCUCAGCAGGAGUACAAGCGUCUUAGCGAUGCCUUGUUCACGUACAAGAGAAUCGAUCUGAGAUCUGUUGUUGUGAAGAUCAGUGACUUUGUGGGGAAAAACGUGUCUGAUGCAGCAAUUGAUGAAAUAGUGAAGCGAGUCACGUUCACGAAGAUGAAGGUCGAUCCUUUGGCAAACUAUGAAUUCCUGCUGGAUACUGUCAUGGACAAAGAGAAGGGAAAAUUUCUUCCCAAAGGUACAAUUGGGGACUGGAAGAACAACCUUACGGUGGCUCAGCGUGAACGCUUCGACAGAGUCUUCCAGGAGAGGAUGAAGGACUUCCCUCUGUCUUUCGUCUGGGACAUCAGUGAGCUCCGUGGCUGA